GCAAACAGCUGCGCAGCCCUGCGGUUGCUAGGUCUUAAGAAAUUUCCUCCAAAAGGGGCGUAGGUCGCUAAGCGCGUUCCUCAAGCUUCGAGAGAGUCGUGAAGCGACAACCGGGGCCUGAAGCCUAGCCUUGUCUGCCCCCUCUCCCCCUGUUCAACAGCAAGCUGAGUUUGUCUCUCCAGCGAGCUGGCCCAAUGCUUCCUGCAGGCCCCGGCUUGGAACUUGAAGGGCGCUGUUGGCCGCCUCGGGUUAACGGGAGUGGCUCUAAUCGAGCGCUGCCCCAUUCGCCAGCCAAUGGCAGCAACUGAGAGGAGCGGUUUUGAGAGCCGCUUAACUGACUAGUAGGUGACUGCAAGACUAGCCUACCUUCGCCACAGCAGCUGCCGCCAAGAAUUUAGAGCGCUCAGACGUUUUCAGGAUUUCCUACUUGUUUCCCUGGGCGCCUGAGACUGCUCUUUAGCAAGAAUGCACCUUCGGUGUCUGGAAAUUUCUUCUUGGAUGACAGAGGCUACGGAGUUAUAGCGAGGCUUCGGGAACCGCGACCGAGAGGCUUGCAGUCAGCUAAAGGCCAGGUAGCGAAGGCGCCCUCGGCGAGGGUUAAGCCUGGCAAAGUCGCUUGCUGAGAUCAGCGGGGAGGAACGCUCAGGGGCAGCCUUUGUGCCGAAGAGUUGCUCUUCUUCGCUUUUGGGUUAGCGAGCUGCGCGCUGGGAGGGGCGCAUGAGCGCCCUCCGAAUUAGCCGCAGCCAUUUCGGACUGUUCUCGCUCCCCUUCAAAUGCUUGUAAACAAUGAGUGGCCAGAAGGACUUGCGCCUCUGCGUGGAGUUAAUCAAAGAUCGUCUUUAUUUUGCUGUUAUCUGCCAUAAACCAAAGAGUGGUGGUGCAAGUACACACUAUUUCAGCACAGAUGAUGAAUUUGCAUAUGAGAACUUCUAUGCAGACUUUGGACCACUCAAUCUGGCAAUGCUUUAUAGAUACUGUUGCAAGCUAAAUAAAAAAUUAAAGUCCUUUACCAUGAUAAGGAAGAAGAUUGUUCAUUAUACUGGUUUUGAUCAGAGAAAGCAAGCCAAUGCAGCCUUCCUGAUAGGUUCUUAUGCAAUAAUAUAUUUGAGAGAACCUCCAGAAAGUGUGUACAGGCUUCUAUUGUCUGGAAAUGUAGAAUAUCUUCCUUUCAGGGAUGCUGCAUUUGGUACCUGCACUUUUCAUCUAACGCUGCUUGACUGCUUUCAUGCAAUAAACAAGGCUUUGCAGUUUGGUUUCCUUGAUUUCAGUGCAUUUGAUGUAGAAGAAUAUGAGCAUUAUGAGAAGGCAGAAAAUGGAGAUUUUAACUGGAUAAUACCCCCCAAAAUUCUUGCCUUCAGUGGACCCCAUUCAAGAAGUAGAAUUGAAAAUGGUUACCCACAUCAUGCUCCUGAGGCCUACUUUCCUUACUUUAGAAGGCACAGUGUUACCACCAUAAUCCGCCUGAACAAGAGGAUGUAUGAUGCUAAAAGAUUCAGGGAAGCAGGCUUUGAACAUUACGAUCUCUUCUUUGCAGAUGGAAGCAAACCUUCUGAUACUAUUGUCCAAACAUUCCUAAAUAUUUGUGAAAAUGCUGAAGGUGCCAUAGCAGUUCAUUGCAAAGCUGGGCUUGGUAGAACUGGCACCCUUAUAGGAUGUUAUAUUAUGAAGCAUUAUAGGAUGACUGCUGUUGAAACUAUUGCUUGGCUUAGAAUAUGUCGACCUGGCUCUGUGAUUGGCUCACAGCAGCAUUUCCUUUUAGAGAAACAGUCAGAACUUUGGAUGGAAGGAGAUUCUUUCCGUUCAAAGUUAAGGAAGAACUCUAAACUUGAAGUUACAAAAAUUCUUUCAGGAGUAGAUGACAUUUCAAUUAACGAUUCCAAGAAUCAGAGAACCAGCAAAAAAGAUACUGAACUGUACAGUGAUGAAGAUGAAACAAAUACAUUUACACAAGGGGAUAAGCUUCGAGUUCUGAAAAGUAAAAGGCAGGCAAAAGCAAACUCAGUUCCACUAACAGUAAUUCUACAAUCCAGUGUUCAGAAAAGUAAACACUCUGAACCUAGCAUUUCUGACAAUGCAGGCCUUUCUAAAAGAACUACCAGGUCUACUACAAGAAAAAACAGUUUUAAAAGUCUGAUGCCUCAGAGGGAAAGAAGGAAAAGGGAUGCUUUACAACAAAUGCACUUAUGCAGCGCUCCUGAUCCAAGGACCAGAAUGGUGUUGCGUUAAGCAAUUUGAACGGAAGAGGACAUGGAGGGAGGGAAAAGGGGAGUUACUGCUGUCAAAUUAAAAAUCAAAGGAAGAAACUUUUUAAACAAAAAAAGUGGUCUAUUUUAACAAUCAGGUGGAAAAAUUUCUAAGCUUUUCGAAGAAGACUCUUAUGGGAAAAACUUGGAUUACUCCAUAACUGUGAAGGUUUUGACUUUUUGAUGCCAGCAUUCUCAAAUGUAAAGAUAAAGAAUGGCUUGUAAAUUUUUAACCUUGGAUCUAAUGACCCCUCUCAGAAAGAGAGUUUUCUUUUCUGUAUGAUACACGUGUACAAAAUGUGAAGGCAAUCACUUAUGUCUACCAUGAGGGAAUUGGGGAGACCAGAACUGUUGGAUAGCUUUCUCUUGUCACUGCACUGUGAUUCUUCUUCACUUGGGGAGAGAGAGAGCGCACACUUAAGAUGGAUUAACAUGCCAUUUUUGCUCAUUACUUGAGAGCUUCCUCCUCUUCCUCUUUUCGAGGAUCCUAAUUUUUAGGAUUUUUUUUUUCAAGAUGUGGUUAAUUUCUCUACUGUCCACAGAGUGCUUUAUUUUCAUCAUUUUGCCAGCUUUUCCAAGGUCCAGUACUGCCUGAAGUUAUGCUUACACAAAAUCAGUAAGAAUUAAGCAUGAACUUGGCAUAUUAAAG